AUGAAAUUAGUGAUACAUUUAUUUAUUUUAUGUCUUUCAUUUCUAGUUCAAAAUGCAAAGUGUAUCAUAGAUAAGAAACAAUUAAAAGAGACUGUCCAUCAAAUGUUUCUUCAUGGAUAUACCUCUUAUCUUAAAUUUGCCAAUUAUGAUGAUGAAUUGAUGCCCCUAAGUUGUAAAGGAAGAAAACGUGGUGUUACACCAAGUCGAGGAAAUAUAGAUGAUGCUUUGGGGAAUUUUUCUUUAACACUUGUUGAUUCAUUAGAUACUUUAAUAGUUUUAAAAGAAUUUGACGAAUUUGAAAAAGCAGUUAGAAUUGUUAUUGAUACUGUUCAAUUUGAUAGUGAUUUAGAUGUAUCUGUUUUUGAGGUUAACAUUCGUAUGAUUGGUGGAUUGAUUUCAGCACAUCUUAUGGCAAAUAUAUUACAAAAACAUGAUUCAAAUAGAAUGACAUGGUAUCGAGGUGAAUUACUAGAAAUGGCUGAGAAAUUGGGUAAAAAAUUACUGCCAGCAUUUAAUACUACUACAGGAAUUCCUUUUUCAAGAGUUAAUUUAAAAUAUGGUAUAACAGAUAAGAUAAAAAAUCAAAAAAAUACUUGUACUGCUUGUGGUGGUACAAUGAUAUUAGAGUUUGCUGCAUUAUCUAGAUUAACUGGAAAUUCUAUAUUUGAAGAAAAGGCAAAAAAAAGUAUGGAUUUUCUUUGGUCACAACGGCAUAAAGAAAGUGAUUUAAUGGGUACAGUUUUAAAUAUUCAUUCUGGUGAUUGGAUUAGACGUGAAUCUGGUAUUGGUGCUGGUAUUGAUUCAUAUUAUGAGUAUUGUUUAAAGGCAUAUAUUUUAUUAGGAGAUGAAGUUUAUUUACAUCGUUUUAAUAAACAUUAUAAAGCUAUUAUGAAAUAUUUGAAUAAAAAAGGUUUAUUUAUAAAUGUUCAUAUGGAUAAACCAAAUGUUGCAUCAAGAAGUUUUAUGGAUUCAUUACUAGCUUUUUGGCCUGGAUUGCAAGUUUUAAAAGGUGACAUUAAACCGGCAAUUGAAAUGCAUGAAAUGCUUUAUCUUGUUAUGAAAAAACAUAAAUUAAUUCCUGAAGCUUUUACAUAUGAUUUUCAAGUUCAUUGGGGUCAACAUUUAUUAAGACCUGAAUUUAUUGAAAGUACAUAUUUCUUAUAUAAAGCUACCAAAGAUGAACAUUAUUUAAAAGUUGCUGCAGAUGUAGUUAAAAGUCUUAAUGAUCAUGUCAAAGUUAAAUGUGGUUUUGCUGCAAUUAAAGAUGUUAGAACAAUGGCUCAUGAAGAUCAAAUGGAGUCAUUUUUAUUAGCAGAAACAUUUAAAUAUCUUUACAUGAUUUUUGCUGAACCAGAAGAUUUAAUUUUUGAUCCAGAUGUUUUUGUUUUAACAACAGAAGCUCAUUUUCUACCAUUAAGUAUUGGUGAAAGUGAUAUGGAUAAACCUAGAAAAAUUUUCCUUGAUUUAGAUGAAGUAGUAGAUGAAGAUCAUCAUAAAUAUGAUAAAAUUUGCCCCUAUUAUGAGGAACAAUUUAAGAAUACUGAAAAAAUUGCGGAAUAUGGUAAAAAUAUUCGCCUCGAAACACAAGAAUUUGUUAGGCAGUUAACAUCUGGAACAAGUACCAAAGAUGAUACAUGUGAAUUAAUUCAACCUCAAUUAGAUCCUAAAAAUUUCAAGUAUGAUGAUAAAGAGCAAUUAAAAUUGCUUAGUGAUAUGGGUAUUACUGUUGAGCUAGAUAAAUUAGGAAAUAUUAAAUUUACUCAUACUCCUGUCACUGCUCAAUGUGCUGCAAGGGCUAAACAAGGAUUGGUUUAUAUAACAGAAAUGAUGGCCAUACAUAAAUCUUUAUCGGAAUCUGGUGAAAAUAUGAUGUUAAAAUUAACUAGAACUGUACAAAUUUUGAGUCCCCCAUAUUAUGGAUUAAAAUAUAAAACGAUAGCUGCUCCCGCUCAAUACGGUUAUACUUUUAAUAAACAUAAAUUUAUAAUUGGAAAAUUAGAAUUAGCUACACCUUUAGUUGGAUGUUCCACUUUAAAUAAUAAAGAAAAUUAUGUAGGAAAAAUUGUUGUUAUGAAGAGAGGAGAAUGUAUGUUUCAGGAAAAGUCAAGAAAUGCUCAAAAAGCAGGAGCAAUUGGUGUUAUUGUAAUAGACAAUGUAAUUGGAUCUUCCCAUGAAACAACUCCACCAUUUGCUUUGGCAGGUGAUAAUAUGCAAGAUGAUGAUAUAAUUAUUCCAACAGUUCUUCUUUAUGAUAUCGAAUCACAAGAAUUGAUGAAAUCUUUUCUAAAAAAUUCAAAUAUCAUUGUCCGUAUUGGGGAAUCAUUUGCCAAUCCCUUAUAUAUAUUCAAAGAAACAUUACUUGGUUAUACAAAAAUUUAA